UGUAAAGGUGUUAAGUACGGUAUCUUAAGCCGGUUUAUUUUUCUUUCAAGACACUAAGCAGUCAGUGAAACUGAAAGCAUUACAUUAACAUUUCGAAAAACGUAAAGGUAUUUUAAUACUAAUGAAUAGUGGGAGCGAAAACUUAAGACUUAAUUCUGAAAACGUGAUUGGUAAAGUACAGCUACCGACGUGCAACUUCAAAGUUCGACUCGGUUUGACUUUUGAGUUACGUAACUUUUUCAUCAUUCAGUAUUUUAUAGUUGUACAGUAAGUUGAGUAACGUGAAGUAUGGUAUCCGGUGAGUGGAAAUGUUGUCUACAAAAAGAGUAAUUUAUGCACAGGUGUCGGUAUAAAUACUUGCUAUCACAGUUGUAUUAAGUACUGAUAUGUUGUAAAUGAUGUCAAACACAUUAACCUUCAAAAGAGUUUAGUUAAAAAGAUUUUUGCUGUGUAAUAUGGCUCUUAAACAAUACACUUUGGAAUCCAUGGAAUCCUCUCGUAUUUUGACCAUUGAAUGGGACAUGAUGAACAAAAGUAGGUUCUUCUCUCUUAAUCUUCUCAAUUCCUUUUUCCUUCGAGCUACUCUGUACCCAUUCACUGUUAUCAAAACCCGUCUCCAGAUUCAAAAACAGAGUGCUAUUUAUAGAGGAACGUACGAUGCAUUUAGAAAAAUACUCUACUAUGAAGGUAUCCAUGGGCUUUAUAAAGGAUUCUGGAUCAAUACAAUCCAACUGGUAUCUGGAGUGGGCUACAUUACAACAUACGAAAAAGUGCGUCACAUUCUGACAGAAUAUGCUAACAUUGAAGAUAAACGAGUGAAAGGGCUUAUUGGUGGAGGAUGUGGCUCCUUAGUUGGACAGACGAUCAUCACUCCUUUUGAUGUCAUAUCUCAACAUAUGAUGAUGAUAGGUCAGAGAAAUGGCAGUGUUAUCAAACUUACAGAAUCUUCAAACAUACUCAACGUUGACUUAAACCAUAAACAUCGAGGUUCCGUGGCAGCUUCCGUUGUAAAAGAACUGUACAAACAAGAUGGACUGAAAGGUUUUUACCGUGGAUAUUUUGCGUCUGUAUAUACUUACGUUCCUGGUAGUGCUCUCUGGUGGAUGUUUUAUCCUUUAUACUCAGAAUGGUUGGCAUCUCUCUUACCUAUGUCCACAUCUCAUUUGCUGAUUCACUGUGUAGCGGGACCAAUGAGUGGGAUCAGUGUCUGUAUUAUUACCAACCCUAUGGAUAUUAUAAGGGCUAGAAUACAGGUUCAGCGGAUGGACUCUUUCCUAGGAACUUCCAGUUUAUUGUGGAAAGAGGAAGGACUCGGAAUAUUCACCAAGGGACUCUCGGCUCGCUUGGUACAGAGCAGCAUCUUCUCAUUCCUCGUUGUGUUAGGCUACGAAACACUAAAACGAUGGAGUGUGCACGAUCAGUAUAAAGAUCAGAUACGAUGGUGAUGAUAAUUGAAUUAGGUCUCUUGUUCUGUUUGAAUGUAUAACUUAUAUAUACAUAGUGUACAUAGUAAAAUAUUAUUUUGUCUCUACAGUUGUGUUUAACCAAACAGUAUGUUAAACCUUUUAGCUUUGUGAACCAGGAUAUUGGAUUCAAUAUGUCAACAUGAUACAUUUUAGGUGAAGUAAUAUACAUUUAUUUGUCAUUUUAAAACUGAAUUUUUAACCAUCAAGCUCAAGUUUUUAUAUGUGUUUUUAUUAUCUGUCCUCCCACCAAUAUUUCCAUGUAGUUCUUGUAUUUUUUAAACCCUCCCUCUAUCCCUAAAUUUUACCCUAAAAGAGCUUAUUUACCCUAUAAAUCCCUAUAUCUUUGAACAUUCCUCAACAACAAAUGAUACUAUAAUUCAUGUACUUAUUCAGGCAAUCCUUAUUAUAACACCAAGUUUCAUGUUAUGUGUAAUUAUUACACUCCAAUGUGUGUUAUCUUUGUGAGAACAUUAAAUGAGUUUUAAGCUUGUAUUCCAGAGCUACAAGCAUGAAGUCAAAAGGUGGAACGCGAAGAUAUCAUAUGUUAAAGGACUGGUGAUUUGGUGUAGGCUCAAGUAAAGGAUGAAUGUGGCCACUUCAAACUAAGGUGCCGAAAGGGUAAACCUAUGUGCCGAGUAGGGAGUGCAUAAAAAAAUUUUUCAAGUUCAAAGCAGUUUGAAUUUGAAACAAUUUAGAGUGUGAAAUUAUUGUGAAAACCACUUGAAUACCUUGAUUACAAACUUGAAACUAUAUAUCUGAACACUGGGUAGAAAGUUGGCUAAACUAACAAUACUUCAAACUAACUCUGCAAAAUAUCACAAAAUGGUAGGAGGUGUUGAAUUAUGAUAUGAAAAGUAUUUUCUACAUUUUAACUGUUUCAUACACUUUAUGAGUUGUGAGAGCUCUAGCACAUCAUAUUUGUGUACCUGCAAGAUGUUUCCCUUCAGUUUUCUAUAGUUUAUUUCUGUUAAGACUUAUUAGAGUGUCUGAAAGUAUAUUAGCUAGUCUUCUUAAAUGCUGAAGGUUUUUUACAAUUGGGACUAGUUGCAAGUGCCCUGUUACUUGCAGUUUUAGAACCAGUUCAACAAAUGGUGUAUAUUAUCCCAGAUGACUUGGGACCACCCUACCUGUUAUGGAAACUGGGGGUGACUGAAUGAUGAGUUCUCGGAGCUUGUGUCAAGCAUUAUGAAAAGGUUUGUGAAACAACAUUAUCUGUGAGAGAGCAGAAAAUGCUCCAACUAUGGACUGCAACAAGGCGGAGAAUUGACAUUCAUACGGUGACGUGUAAAUAGUAGAGCCACAAGAAAGGCGUGAAAUUGUUGACCAUUUCUAUGUUACCAGGGUCCAAGUGUAUGCCUUUUUAUCAGUGUUCUGCAAUGCCCAUAACUGAGUAUAUUACAUUAUUAAUUGUAAAAACUUCUGUUUAUGGGUAAGUUCUACUUCUCUGGUCCUUGUCAUCCACUCCUUCCUAAUCCUUGUCAGAGCUACAUUCAGACUGCAUUUUCUUAUCGUCUCCCUUACUACAUCUAUCAAUCCACCUCUUCUUUGGUCUUGUCCUUUUACCUUCCACUGUCAUCUUUACCACAGUUAUGGAGAAGAUAUAAAAAACGUGCCCCAGAUGGCUCAGUCAUGUUGGAGAAGAUAUAAAAAACGUGCCCAGGAUGGCUCA